CACGGGCGUAGCUGGAUGCUGGAUUUUUCAUCAGGGUGGCUGCCCUCUCGCUGGUGCGACGCGACUCGCCGGAUACGCGAGAAGCUACGAUUAUUUCGCGGCUAUUACACAUCAGUAGGUGUAGGAGUAGAAUUAGGUGUAGGUGGAAAGGUAAAUCGACAGUGAGGGCCAGCACGAGCGCAGCGGAGAUUCCGAAAGAAGGAGAGUGACCGAGGGAGGGAGAGGAAACUCGGUGGCAGAGAUAAACGAAGCGAGGAAACUCCGCGGAUGCUGCUCACUCUCGGACCUUACCGAAAGAGGAGCAAGACCCCCGAAAUGUAAAGACGAAACACGGGAGACUGACCGGGAAUCUCGUCGUCGGUUAAAAUAACCGAAGAAUAAUCUCAAGAUCCCCGCUCAAACGAAUUCUCCUCUCAUCGAACGAGCCUCCCUUUCGCUUCGUUCUUUUGCCAAGAUAAAACAAGCAGCGAGACAACACAAAUAUACACUUAUGCAUAAACUCAUGUGCAUAUAUACCGAUGUACAUUUAAGUGCAAACCUUCACAGGUUGUUUUAAAUAUACGUACGGAUAUAUAAAACACAUGCGAUUUCCAUAGAUGUAUAGCUAUCGGUGCAAGUGAGAGAGAAAGAGAGAAAGAGAGCUCUCUGUGCUCCGUGGUGCAGUGCGGUGCGAUAGAAUUCAGAAUGAGGCUGUGCCGGGGAAGCGAUCUGUGUGCCGCACCGUGACGCUCCGCCGACAGUUUUCGUUGAAAGCGCGGCCUGCUGGCUCAAGGAAUGGCGGCAACAUGGCGUUGGGAGCAGCGAAACCACUGCCAUAUAACUCGUCCCGAGCCUUUGUCGGAUACAAAGGAAAACACGAAAAAGGUUGCAGGUAAACGGAAGCGGAUUAUCGGAAGUGGUCGGAAUGAAGAGAGCCUGAAGAAGAGAAGUCGCGAGCCGGGGCUGUAGCGAUCGCUUACCACAGAAGCGGAGCGAAGUUGAGAGUGCCCGAGCAGCGAGAGUGCGUUGACGAAACUGAGAGAACAAAAUCCGCACCGGAGCGAGACGAAGGGCGAGAGAAAGAAGCGGAAAAUAAUGCCGAGGAGAAGCUAGAGAGAAAAGGCCCGCGGAAACGAGACGCGGAGAGCUCCAGUCGCGAGAGAAAUAAGCGAGAGUCGAAGGACAAUUCAAAAUAAAUAUUGUAGAAUAACAAAUUGAGGGAGGGAGGGAGGGGAGACUCGAAUCGUUGGAGAAUUGAGUGUGUAAAUAAAUCACGAGAAGCAAAGAAAUAGGGAAAAGCGAGGGGAGAAAAUGAGAGAAUCGAAUCCGAUGAAAAACGAAGAAAAAGGAGCGUAGGAUGAAAUAAAAUUAGCGAGAUCGAAACACUGUGAAAAACGGGGCACGAUGGGCCCGUCCGAUAAUCCCGUACCCCAUUGAGCGAUGCAAGUAGUUAGGGCCGAGGCCCUGCUAGUGAGCAUGUGGCUCACUAGAGAAUGAAGAAGCAAAACGUCCGGACCCUAUCGUUGAUCGUCUGCACGUUCACCUACCUCCUCGUUGGCGCUGCAAUAUUCGACGUCCUCGAGUCCGAGACGGAGAAACGACGCAAAGAAGCGUUGGAUGACGUUGAAAGAAUGGUUAUUCGAAAAUACAACAUUAGCGAGGACGACUUCAAGAUCAUGGAAACGGUGGUGCUUAAGACAGAGCCCCACAAGGCAGGACAACAGUGGAAAUUCGCUGGAGCCUUUUACUACGCGACAACAGUACUCACCACCAUCGGUUACGGACACUCAACGCCCAACACGAUAAGCGGCAAACUGUUUACGAUGUUCUACGCGAUUGUCGGGAUCCCUUUGGGCCUCGUAAUGUUUCAAAGCAUAGGAGAACGACUGAACAAAUUCUCGUCGGUCGUCAUACGUAAAGUCAAACAGUUACUCAACUGCAAAGACGUCCAGGCCUCGGAGAUCAAUCUAAUAUUUGUAGUGACGUUUCUCUCGAGUCUAACGAUAACCGGAGGUGCUGCCGCCUUUUCGAGGUACGAGGGCUGGUCGUACUUUGAUUCUGUCUACUACUGUUUCAUAACGUUGACGACAAUUGGCUUCGGCGAUAUGGUUGCCUUACAAAAGGACAACGCACUCGACAACAAGCCCGAAUACGUCAUAUUUGCAUUGAUAUUCAUCCUUUUCGGUCUCGCAAUCGUUGCCGCAUCGUUAAAUCUUCUCGUUUUGAGAUUCGUCACGAUGAACACCGAAGACGAGAGGAGAGACGAGGCAGAGGCUCUGCAGGCGGCCCAAGGUGCAGUACGUCUGGAAGGCGACGUGAUAACGGCAAACGGUUCGAUAUUAUCGGGCCAAAUGGGCAAUCAGGGUGAUACGAUAUCGCUGUACGACGACGCAUCAGUUUGUAGCUGCAGGUGCAGUGACUUUUACAGAAAACGACGAAGACCGAGAUUCACAGUGCGUCGUUCGCCAGGCAAGAUAUCACACUUGUUGCCGAUGCAGCAAUUUUCGGAAACGAGCUUUCGCAACGAAUUGCGCCCACCACCGUUGACGCCACUUUUACAACUGCCCCCGAUUUACCAGCACCGAGCGAGUAUCUAACGGGCGACAUCUAUCAGAAAUUUGCCGAAGCUCGUGCGCGAGCCACAGUACCAAACCCGACGAGCUUCUGUUUAAUAACAUGGCGGCGAGGGGGGAGGGCCGAGAAGGGAAGAAAAAAUGGAAAAAGGAUAAACGGAAAAAAGCUGCGCGAGGCACGGUCAAUUUUUUCGCAUAAGGAUCGAACGGUGAACGGGACACGCAGGAGAAUUUCGCGGGCUAGAAAUAUUGCGCGUGAGAUAUAAAGAAAAAAGUAUUGUGAUAAAAAAAAUCGAGUUAAAUAUUAUAUUCGAGUAAGUAUGAGCGCGGGAGAGUGAAAUAAGGAACGAAACGUCUUGGUAGUAUUGAAUCGGUACGCGGUGGCGAAAUUGUCGAUGCUCAAUCGACCCCAUUCUUCUCUUCUCUCUACAGUUACUAUACACAUCGGGCAUAUUCCAUCCUCCUCAUAAACUGUCAUGUGUUUUAGAGUUUAUGUCGGAAGUUGCCUCCAGCGAACCCGGACCGUUUGACUCCCGGUUCGCUCGCGACGAGUUUCUCUCCUCGUAAACUUAGCCCACUUUCGGCGCUUCGACCAAAAAACAAAUCGAAUUCAAGCUUAGUGUCCUGUCCAUAAACGCACGAGUGUCUUACAUCUCGUAAAAAUUUGAAUGUUCGUUCUCGUGGUAAUCGUGAUAAAAAGGACCGAGUGAUGUUUGCAAAGUUUCGGAAUGUGUGGCGAGGCUCUGAUCGUUGAAACAAGAUAAAAAAAAGAAACUAUACGUGCGAAUCAUUUCCGUUUUGCAUCGAUGUAAUUGUGAAUAAAAAUCGAAUGAAAAACUCUAAUCGAUGAAUGUCAAAUGGCGGAUCGGAGGACGAAAAAUCAGGCAGGAAAGAAGAUUAAACCACACCUGGAGUUCAAAUAAAGCCGAAGAGGAAUAAGAAAGUAUCGAAAGGAUGAACGAAAUAUGAAAAACAAACAAACAAAAUAAUAUUAAACAAUUAUAAUAACGAUUUUUCAUUAAUGAGACAUUUUAGAAUUUGUAUAUAUUGAACUAUGAAAAGAAAAAGAAGGAGGAUAAACGUAGGAUUAGGAUCGAGAUAUUAGGUCUUAAGACGUUCGAACCUUCGAUGUACAUAAACGAAAAAAAAAAACAAAAAAGGAUAAGAGUUAAGACGAAAAAUAACAACACGAACGAAAAUAAUAUGGACGAAAGACGUAUACACUUGCUGUGCGACGAACGAAGAUAUCCACUGAAUUUCCAUUUUUCACUUCUCUACAUUUAAGACGAUUAAAAAAGCCAUAACAAAACGACUUCGUAUUGUUGCGCGAUAAAUACUAGUGAGCAGAGUUUUACGAACGGAGUUAAAGUUUCAAAACAACAAAAACCAAAUGAAAAAAAAUAAAAAAUAAAAUGCUUAGUUUCUUUGUAGACCCGGUUUUAGGGUUCGCGUGGAAGAUCUCGACGUUCAACGCAUCAUUUAUGUAUUGUUUUAUUUCAUUUCCUUUUUCUUACCACUCGGAUACAUUUUACGAUGUAACGCCAAAAAAAAAAAAAAAAACAGUGCCACAAAGGAUGAACGAAUUGUAUUAUGAUCAACGCCACUUUUUUCGUUUCACUUGAGAACAAAUGUGAAGAAAAUCAUCGGGAAACGGAAAUUGGGUAGACGAGCGAUUUCACGUUGACAAAUUAUUUAAUUCGUUACUGCGCAACCAUUGAAAAAAAACGCGUUCAGGCGUACUCACCGCUAAUGAACAAAAAUGAAUUUUUUUCUCACGUACAUAGAUAGUUUUUCCAAAACGAGAGAGUUCGAGCUGCAAUUUCGACUCGCGAUAUUCAGCUCUACGAUAAUUAGGAAUGAGAUAGUCAUUUGUAAGAUUCGCUUGAAGCAGAAACUUGUCGAAGGUCGAAAAAUACGAACCUGUCGCGACGGUCGCGACGCAAGCAAGAAAACAACAAAAAAAACCGUUACAAUUCAGAACUCUGCCGGCAGGUAUUCGAACCAUCUAAAAUCACGUGACAAAAUGUCGACAAAGUGCGCAAGUCUUCCCGCGUUUGUUUCUGCAGAUUUUUCUUUUCGUCGCAGAAUGACUACGUACGUUGUAUAUUUGCUCUCUUCAUUUCCAACGUUGAUUCGAUAAAUGCAUAUCUCGGAAAUUACGGGUAAUAGAUGCAGAUUAUUAUACAAAAGAAGAAAAAAAAACGUUCACAACGUAAUAUUACGCCUCGAAAAAAAUUGCAGUUCGAGUUAAUUGUGUUCCUAAUGAAUAAUUGAUCGUAACAAUUUUAUAUGACGUUUCACUCGCAUCUAUUGAUAAAGAAAAAAUAAAUAAAUAAUAAAAAAAAAAAAAAAAAAACAUACGUUUACAAACUACCGAACGAAAAGUAAUUUUUAAUCAUUGGAGGGAAAUAAAUUGCUCAGCGACUCGCGGUAAAUCGCUCGUCUACUACGUCGAAUAUUUACAGAAGCCUGUUUUUAUAAUGGGACAAAGAAAGUAAACGUAGAAACGAUUUAUUACAGCAGAAAGAGCCAUCACAUCCACGCAUUAGCCGCUUCUUUCGAUAUGUCGACUAUCUUUACUCUCUCUCUCUCUCUGUAUAUAUGUAUACAUACUAUAUAUAUGACUCUCUUUUUCUCUCUCGAAAAAAGUAUAAAUUCGAAUAAUUAAUCCACGUGCAUUUUAUUAGUGGUUUCAUUAGUGAUUUUUCUCAUUAUAGUAGAAAAGAAAAAUUCGUAUAAGUACAUGCCAGGCGAUGAGAGAAGGAAAGAGAAACACGAGAAUCGACGAGAUGGUGAUUGUACGAAUUUUUGAGGUUAGAAGUCUGACAACGGACAAAGCAUGGCCCGAUAAAUGUCGAGGAAGUGCGACUGUUUGGUCAAAAACAUCGCCGUGAACCGAGCACGGGUGCCGCCGUAAAAGUCGCGAUUAUGUUCUCAAAUAAAACGCGAAUUUAUGAAGAGUGAAGUCCUCUUCGAUCCUUUUUCUCGUGCAUCGUUGUUCGAAAGUUCCGCAGUUAGCGAAUUGAAAAAACGUCAAAACUUGUCCCUUCAGAGUGUGUUCCAAUCGCUUUUCAAACGUUUUAAAAAUGGCCAAACGAACUCAGUUUUUUUGUUUAUUAUUACGCGGGAGCUGAGAAUGAUCAAUUUCGUGCAACUUUUGUUCGAUGUUUGACUGUUUUCAAAGGCACUCGCGUUCACACGCCGGACAAAACAUUUUCACAGGGCGUCAAAAUCCAGGCUCGUGUUUGUCCCAUUCAUUUUUCGGCUGUCUAAAAGUGCACCAAAGUUUUUUUCUCCGGUAUUUAAGCUGGGGAGCUCAAAAGGAAUAAUGAUGAAAUGAUCAGCUGAAAUUUUCUUCUGGUCGAUGAACUUUCUUGCCUAUAACGCCGAGCGUUGGAGAUACUCGAUUCGCUUCCAUCCUCGUACUUCCUUGCAAAGUUUUAUCUCGUAUUGUGCUCGCGAGGGAACGAACCAGUCAACUACAUUACUGUGCCAUGAUAACGAUAGUAUUGAUUAUUUUAAAUAAAUACCAAAAGCAUAGUGUUUAUAAAAAGAAUUAUUUUUAUUUCGAUAAAUACAACACUUCGUCUUUAAACCGAAUUGAAGUGAUGCGAUGGAUCAAUGUUUAUGUUAUUUCAAUGAAAUAUUAAACGAAACCACACCGACGGACUCUCGAAUGGCUAAAAAAUUGAGAACUAUAAACUUUCCUGCGAAAAAUAAAGUGAAAUCAAAUUUGAAAAAAACCCUCGCGUCGCGAGUUUCCGAUGACUAUCAUCAUAUCCAUGUGUUUACUGUUGCGACUGUAUGUAUGAGUCAGAUUUCCCGUAGACUCGGAGAAAUUAAAGAGAAAAAUAGAACAAAGAAAAAUUAACAUCUUUACGUAUAUAGCUCGAGUCGCUCGCGUACAAAAUGGGGCUCAAAUGAAAUGAAAAAAGUUUAUUCGGGAAAUUAAGCCCCCCGGCCCGCCCUUCACCCGACACGAAACGAGCCUUUGAACGAAAAAUUCAUUUCGAACGUGUGUCAAUUUUCGUCGUAUGUAAAUUUAGUGGAAGAAAAAAAACAUUGAUAAUCAUCACCACGAAGUCUUGAAAAACAAAUUAUUCGUCAUAAACUUAAUGAAGAAAUAAACGAACGUUCUAGUGAUAGGAUUCAACUGGAAACGCAGAAACGAUAAACUUGUAAAGCACACACACAAACACACACACACACACACUCGAACACACGGGAAACACGGUGGUGAUAAAAACAAACCGUGCCAUAUUAUAGUUGUACUCGGCUUUGAACGGUGAGAAAUAGUUAGCAAUGGGACGCAAUUAGAGGUAUAUGAACAAAAAAAUAAACAGAGAAUAAAACAAUAAGUCUUCGUUUCUUAACCUUUCGUUCGAGCUCGGUGGUCCGUAAAUACACGCGAUUGGAAACAGCGUUACUGAUCGCCGUAAUGUUCGAGUCGAUCAAGUUGUUGAGAAAAAGGGGGGGGGGGAAGAGAAAAAAAUCAGUAUUGAGAAAGUGGCUUAUAAACAUUUAUUGUGAGUAUAUGUGAAUCGGGAAGGUUUUGAGCAAAGCUUAACCUAAAAAUAUAAGUGUGCACCGAGCGCCGAUGGCGGUUUCUUACGACAGAAGUAACAACUGAAAGAGAGACAAAGGAGCGAGUGUAUUAUGAGGUAUUCCAGCGCGAAAAUGUUUUUCCUUUGUGAAUCACUGAAACGACAAGAUAAUCGUAGUAUAAAAGAUCUUGAAAAGAUUGAUAAAAAAAAUUGCUGCCAACAACUUAGAUUUGAUUUUCGAUAUAUUUCAUUAUUUUGAAAAAACCAAGGCGUGGACCAAAAUAUUAUUUGAAGGGCACGAAUGAAAAGAAUUUCCGCGUUUUCGUAACGUUCGACAUUGUUUAUUUAUCGAUCGUUGAUGGAAAAUCGAAAAAUUGAAAAGCCUCCUUAAUACUUGUACAUAUCGUAUGGAAUGCUUCAUAAAUACGUACAUAAUUCCUUAUGUACGUAUACAUACAUCGAGGAACUUGUCUGAAAAAAAAAAACAAAGAAAAAAGGACUUUUUUGUUAUCGAUUGUAAAAUAAUUGUAAUAUACGAUAAUGAGCAUGCGUGAUUACGUACGCAUGUGAUAAAACAUACAAAAAUUUAUUUGAACUGUGAAACCUCAUUCGAUUUAUUCGCGAAAACAAGGACUAAAUAAUUCUAGAAUAUAAGGGUAUGGCCUUCGUAGAAUCGUAGGAGAAAGAAAAAGAGAGUGUGAGAAUAACGUGAGCGGAAAUAAGCUGAGCGGUUUCGCAAGGAAACAUGAUUUAUUUUAAAAAUUGUAUAGAUGAUGAUACACCGGAACCUCGAUUCAGAGAAGUUUUAUUGUGGCGAAUUUUCAGUGCGCAGUGCGUAUCGAUCAGAGCAAUUUGUAACAAAUGCGGUAGCGCUUCGCGAAUUGCGAAGUCACCCGUUCCGACCUCGACUGCGCAAAGCGAAGAGCGCAACAACGAAUGUGACAGGCCACGCCUAUGAGCAAAUCAGAAAAUUCUCCGUUCCCGAAUCGAAGUUGCGGUGUGCGGCGGCUUUGUUAUUAUAUCGCAACAGUUCUUUCGGAUUGCCAUUGUCGAUAUUUCAUGGUUUUUUUUCUCUAUUCGCUUUCGCUCCCACGAAUGAUUCGUCGUUAAAAUGAUUUUUAUUAAUGUUGAAAUAUUUGUUUAUCGUUUUUCGUUAAUGUAACGAAAAUCGAAUCCAACGGUUUUAACCAGCGUAAAAAAACCGAUGCCCUUUCCGAGUGUAAUUGGUACUCGCAAACAUAACCUCAACAAUUCAAUUGGAAAAAACUCAAAUUUAUGCAGCGUGAAUUUGGAGGAUUGCUUGGUACGUUUAUCGUUUCUUUAUCGAACGUGACGAACAGAUUUCUCGAAGUCUCGUGUCGUUAAUUUUCUAUUAAAUAUAAAUACAUACGGAAAUGACAAAAUUAUUUUCUCGUGCUUGAAAUCCCCCAAUUUUACGCGAUCAGAUGCAACUUCGAUCGAUGUGGAAUGUCCAGGCUUCACGAUGGGAGCUGGCACGGAUUGAUUUUUUUAAUGUUCUCUCAUCUUUGGACAAUAUUUAAUAAAUAAAAAAUCCUCCUAUAAAAUUGAAUAAUGAUAUUUUGUUCAUUUGGCAAAUCUAGUCACUUAUUUGCGUGGUAAAAGAUCGUGCCAGUUUUUUGCUCCAUCCGUUUAGCAUAAACAACAAACGUGCUUGAAAUUGAGAGAAAGAAACGACCGCGGAGAAACCAAAAAAUAUGCACGUACACAUGUAAUCAAGUGUCAUCCAAACUUCCCGCAAUUUUUAACUUUGUAUUAAUACUUAACAGACAAGGUAAUAACAUAGAGAUAUCUUAUGAAUAAACAAUAAUAUAUUUGUAAUAGCUGAUAAAGUCGAAAAACAAUUGAUGAGAUUGUUGACGCGAUAUGGAUAAACAAAGAAAAAGAACAAUCGAGAAAAAAAAACUAGCACAAUUUUGCUAUUAUUGUUAUAGCAUAAAAUGUGCAUAGUUUACGAGUUUAACGAGUUUCAAUAAUCUAAUAUCGAUUUAAAGAUUCAAAAAAAAAAAACAAAAAAAAAACAAAAAAAAUUGAGCAUCGAAGCAACGCGCACUUGAAACGUUAGUUGAGAGCAUAAACGAAGGGGACAAUCGAGACGGUUGUUUUGAUGCGUGUGCUGCGAGCACGGUGAGAAGCUACCGAAGUAUUAGGAACGAACCAGGGAAAUAAUAAAACGCAUAGAAAAAGUGGAGAGAAACACGGGACAGAUAAAAAAAAGUUACGCACUUUGAACUGCCAGAAUCUGCAAUUGAAGGAUAACACAAUAAUCCGAUGGAUUCAAUCAGAUUGCAUUUUUCACCCGGUAUACGACUCUUCGGGAAAAAAUUACGAUAAACCGUAGCGGAGCCAAGCUGCGGAAAACGAUAAUAUUUACCAAAAAUGGGAAAAAAAGAUAACAGGAAUUUUAUCGUCACAGAAUGUUCAAAAUGGAUGUUGAGAAGCUCGAACAAAAAUAAUAAUCGAUCAAACAAAUUUUUUGAUGUCUCGGGUUCUUGAUGAAUCGUAAUAAGUCAUUUUGGUUCGAUAAAGUGCUCGGGGUUUUCAAACUUGCGUUUACUUGUGAUCGAAAUAUACGGAAUAUCUAUUGAAUGGAAAAUUCGAUCGUAUCAUUACUUGAGAAAAAACGGGUAUCGAAGAAUUCGUUGGACGGAGAGUAUUUUUAUUGUUUGGGAAAGCAAAUAUGCGAGGUGUCUGUUCAGGUGGAAAGAAGAACGGAAUAAUGUUCCACAUAUCCCCUUUUUUUCAUCGGAAAAAAUACAAACAAGUAGCGCCACCUGAACACAACUCUGGUGAGCUUUUCGGAUAGGAGAGUGCAAAAAAGUGCGCGAGAGGGCGGCAUGGGAAAAUUCCCUCGCCAUGACCCCACUCCCGAAAUGAGAUUACAGAAAAUGAAAACUCGAAGCUCUUGCUGCUGCCCUGAGUACCCUGUGGGUAGUGGGUAUAGUCGGAGAAGAAAAAAUCGGAUUAUUCGCUCAUGCGCCAACGAUGUAAUCGCUCGGGAAGGUAUUUACCUCUCUGAAUUAAUGCCGAUGAAAAUAUGCACAUAUAUAUAAUAUACAUAUAUGUAUGUGUGUACAUCUCGUGUUCGUCAAAAAACUAAUGGUCAAAAAAAUAUGCCGGGACACACAAAAGACCCAUCGCCAUACCGUGUAUCAACCUCUAUAAUUGAAUCGUAAUUUGUAAAUUACUAUGGACUCCCUGAUUAUGCUGGUACAUGAUAUAAUACAUGUGUUCUGCCACAAUAAAGCAGUUUUUUUAGACUAAACAAAA